CUCAGUUGAUAUAUUUAAAUUAUAAAUAUAAUUUAUGGUGUGACUCGAAAUCUUUUAGCGAGAGUUUAUGAUCUUCAAGGCUUCUGCGUUUCAGGUAUGAAACUUUUGACAUUAAUGGUUUCGGAUUACUUUCCACAAAAGAAUUGUAACUAAAUUUCAAGAUCCGUUUUUUCCCAAACUAUAUAAAUUUUUUUUUAUUUAAGUAUAUCAUAUUUGCUUUGUAAAAAAAAAAAUUAUAUUCAUGUAUCAGUUCCAUAAAAAUUGGCCUACAGAUUCUUAUCAUUUAUUUCACAAUUUCAUGAAAUAAUUUUUUUAUCACUUUAAAUUUAAACUUAAUAAGUUAUCAUUCAGACCUCGUAGCUAUUAAUCACCAAUUAACUUUUAGAUAACUUUAUGCGAGAUGUUCCACUUGAGAUGUUUAUUUGGUCUUGACUGUAAUAAUUGACCCAACUAAAAAAUUUCAUUUAAGUUUCGAACGCAGUUGCUUUGAGAGUCAGUUGAUGAUGCUACAUCUGCUGUAUAAAGUAACGGAUCUUAAUAGUUUUUCGACAAUACAUCAUUUUUAUCUUAAUGCCAUUAAUAGAAAUAGUAAAUAUUGAUAAAUUUUUUUUCAAUAACUCGGUUCGAUUAUCAGAAUCUAGUAGGUAAAUUAUAUUUAUAUAAAAUAAUAUUUACAAGAGUUAUUACACAAUCAACUACUUUUAAAUUUAACACGAAUUGCCAACGAGUGUUUGGAGGAACGAUUGUUUGUUAAAACAUGACACCGCAUUUGAUGUUUGAUUAACACAUUUAAUAAUGUCCUUGUAUUUACCUUUUUUUAUAUAUUACAGAUGAUUUUUAAAAUAAUUGGGUGCAGUAAUUUGUAAGUAAAGUGUAAAUUUGUUGUUUCUUUAAUAAAAAAAUUAAUAAAAUUGUAAAAUGGAUUCAAAAGUUGAUAUUGAAAAGAAAAAACAUCCGCGAGAAGGUGUUAAUCCAUUGAAUGCUUUAACAUUUGUAUGGAUUCUGAAAAUCUUUUGGAAAGGAUACAAGCGAGAUUUGGAAAUCGAAGAUCUUUUCAGGCCUUUGAAAGAACACAAGAGUAGUGUAUUGGGUGAUAAAUUAGCAGCAGCAUGGGAAAAAGAAUUGGAAAAUUACAAUACAGAUGAAGAAUCCGUAAGAUUGGAUAGUGAUUGUGAAGUAAAGCAUAAAGAAAUGAAAACACCUAGUUUACAAAAAGCGUUGAUUAAAGUUUUUGGUGCUCGCAUUGCUCUUUAUGGAGUUGCCUUGGCAAUUAUGGAACUUGUUUUACGAAUGCUACAGCCAGUAGCUUUAGCGCGACUUCUUCGUUUUUUCACAACAUCAGAGAUAAGCAAAACAGAGGCAUUUCUGUACGGUGGUGGCGUAAUACUGUGCUCGGCAAUAAAUAUAUUCGUAGCUCAUCCUUCAAUGCUGGCAAUUUUUCACAUGGGUAUGAAAAUGCGCUUAGCGUGUUGCUCACUAAUUUACCGAAAAUCAUUGAAACUAUCGAGAACAGCUUUGGGAGAGACGACAGUUGGACAAGCAGUUAAUCUUUUGUCCAACGACGUCAGUAGAUUUGACUAUGCUGUGAUAUUCAUUCACUAUUUAUGGAUAGGGCCUGUUGCGACAAUAAUCGUUACCUACUUGAUGUACCUAGAAGUUGGAGUAGCCGCGAUAAUUGGCGUAGCUUCGCUGUUAAUAUUUAUACCAGUUCAAGGAUGGCUCGGAAAACAAUCAUCAACGUUACGUUUACGUACGGCAAAACGCACUGAUGAAAGAAUUCAUUUAACUAAUGAAAUAGUGAGUGGUAUCCAAGCAAUAAAAAUGUAUGCAUGGGAACACCCGUUUAGUGAUCUUAUUAAAAAUGUUCGUAAAAAAGAAAUGCGCGUUAUAAGAUAUGCAUCUUUUCUUCGAGGAGUUACCAUGUCUUUCAUGAUGUUUGUUACACGAUUAUCAUUAUUCUUUACAAUAUUGGCUUGUGUCUUAUCUGAAAAAAAAAUAACUGCUGAAAUGGUUUUCAUGGUAGCGGCAUACUAUAAUAUUUUACGUCAAAUUAUGACGGUAUUUUUUCCUAUAGGUAUCACACAAGUUGCCGAGGCUUUAGUAUCAGUAAAACGUCUUGAAAAAUUUUUGACGUAUGAUGAAAUUGAGAUAAAUAAUAAUCAUGAUGAUGAUGAUGAUAAUAAUAAUGGAAACAAUAAAGAUUUGAAUAGAAACAAUGAUAUAGAAGAUGAUGGAAACGAUAAAUUAAAAACUAAUAAUGAUGAAGGUUCUAUGAGGUUUUACAAUGUUCAUGCUAAAUGGUUGGACUCUGAUCACGAAGAUACAUUGAAAAGAAUCAAUAUACAUAUUGAACCAGGUCAAUUAGUGGCUGUAGUUGGGCAAGUUGGUUCGGGUAAAACAAGCUUACUCAAUGCUAUUCUCAAAGAGCUUCCAGCGCACACGGGAAGUAUUGAUGUAGGUGGUAAAAUAGCUUACGCGAGUCAAGAACCCUGGUUAUUCGCUGGUUCAGUAAGGCAGAAUAUACUCUUUGGGCGUCCAUGGGAUGCUGGAAAGUACGAUAAAGUUGUCAAAGUAUGUCAGCUGAAACGAGAUUUUUCACUAUUCCCAUAUGGUGACAAGACUAUUGUCGGUGAACGCGGUGUAAGUUUAUCUGGUGGACAGAGAGCGCGUAUCAAUUUAGCGCGGGCUGUUUACUCGGAUGCACCGAUAUUUUUACUAGACGACCCACUGAGUGCAGUAGACGCGCAUGUGGGUAAACAUAUGUUCGAAGAGUGUAUUGAAAAGUACUUGAAUGGAAAAACAAGAAUACUUGUGACACAUCAGAUACAAUUUUUAAGCAAUGUUGAAAAGAUAAUUGUCAUGAAGGAUGGUGCUAUUAUUGCUGAAGGCAGUUACAAUAAACUCGUGGAGAUGGGGGUUGACUUCGGUCGUUUACUUGAUUCAGCACCAAAAGAAGAGACUGAAGAAACUUUAUUGAUGUCGACCAGCCGUAGUAAUUCACGAAAUACAAGUAUUGCAUCACUUAUUUCAUCUAAGGCUAAUGUAGCUGAGUGCAAUAAGUUUGAACCGGAAGAAGUUGCCGAGACACGGAGCCGUGGAUCGAUAGGGGGACAUAUGUACGCAUCUUAUUUCAAGGCAGGAGGUAACUGUUGCGUUCUUUUUAUCCUAACGUUAUUGUUCAUUGUUGCUCAAGCGUUUGCAAGUGUUGGAGAUUUUUUCGUUGCAUUUUGGGUUAAUCUAGAACAGGGAAAUAGGAAUAAUUUUACCUUCAGUAAUCUACUACAUCCUACGAACCACACGUCCAGUUUUUCAGAUCAAGAUAGAUAUGUUUGCAUAUAUAUUUUCACAGGUUUAAUAGUUUUGACAGUUGUAAUGUCAUUCAUUCGAUCAUUUGCAUUUUUUGAAGUGUGUGUACGUGCGUCUAAACGUUUACAUGACAAAAUGUUUCGUAGUAUUUGCCACGCACCAAUGCGAUUUUUCAAUACUAAUUCUUCAGGACGGGUAUUGAAUCGGUUUUCUCAGGACAUAGGCGCCAUUGAUGAGUUACUGCCUAUAGCCAUGAUUGAUUGUGUACAAAUAACUUUAGCACUGACUGGCAUAAUUGUUGUUGUGAGUGUUUCUAAUGUAUGGUUACUAUUACCGACAUUUAUUAUUUGCACUAUAUUUUACGUUUUACGAGUAAUUUAUAUAUCAACAAGUCGUAGCAUUAAACGACUCGAAGGUAUAACAAGAUCACCGGUAUUUAAUCACUUGGGUGCAACAUUACAGGGUCUACCGACAAUACGUUCGUUUAAUGCAGAAGAAAUACUUACUAAAGAAUUUGAUCAUCAUCAGGAUCUCCACUCUUCCGCGUGGUAUAUUUACAUAGCAUCAUCACGCGCAUUCGGUUUUUGGCUCGAUAUUUUUUGUCUUAUCUAUAUUGCCUGUGUAACAAUGAGCUUUUUGCUCCUAUCUGAUGAUGAGCAUAAAACGUUUAAAGGUGGUAAUGUUGGUCUAGCAAUCACUCAGAGUAUAGGAUUAACGGGAAUGUUUCAGUGGGGUAUGAGACAGAGUGCUGAAGUGGAGAAUCAAAUGACUUCGGUGGAGCGUGUGCUUGAGUAUACCAAUAUUGAGAGUGAACCAGCACUCGAGAGUUUGCCGGAAAAAAAACCUAAAGAUGACUGGCCGUCGAGAGGUAAAGUCGAAUUUAAACGCGUUUACUUGGCUUAUUCCCCAUUAGAACCACCGGUACUCAGGAAUCUCAACUUUACUAUUGAGCCAUGUGAAAAAAUAGGAAUUGUUGGACGCACUGGAGCAGGAAAAUCUUCCCUAAUAGCUGCCUUAUUCCGGCUUGCUGAAAUUGAGGGUAACAUUGAGAUUGAUGGUGUAGAUACCGGUGAAAUCGGACUCCACGAUUUUCGCGCCAAGAUAAGCAUAAUUCCACAAGAGCCUUUCUUGUUCUCUGGUACAUUGAGAAGAAAUCUUGAUCCCUUCGAACAGUAUCCAGACAGUAUACUGUGGUCGGCAUUAGAAGAUGUUGAACUUAAAGAAAUGGGUCUUGAGGGCCACGUUAAUGAAGGUGGUACUAAUUUGAGUGUAGGACAACGGCAGUUAGUUUGUCUUGCUCGUGCUAUUGUUAGAAAUAAUAAAGUUCUUGUACUCGAUGAAGCCACCGCUAACGUUGAUCCACGGACGGAUGAAUUUAUCCAGAAGGCUAUUAGACGUAAAUUUGCCGAUUGCACCGUUCUUACAAUUGCCCAUCGACUCAAUACUGUUAUGGACAGCGACAGAAUAUUGGUCAUGGAUGCCGGUUCUGCUGUGGAAUUUGAUCACCCAUAUAAUCUACUGCGAAAUGAAUAUGGAUUUUUAUCCAACAUGGUAAAGGAAACUGGUGAAACAAUGAUAGAAGCUCUCAAAAAUGUGGCUCAACAAAAUUAUGAACUCCAUCAUCCAUCCUCGAUGAUAACAUUUUAGUAGGGCAAAGUACCCGAUCGUCAAGCCCUUAUCGUUAUCCAGCUUCUCUUUUAUAUUUUAUUAGAAAAUAUAUUUUACGACUGACAAUUCUGUUAUUAAUUUUUUUACCGACAAUAUAGAUUUAUCCCCAACUCAAUCAUCAUGGAUUAGUUGAAUUUUUAAAAUGUAAAUUUACAACGAGUUGACGACGGGUAAUUUGUUGUAAAUUUCCAUAUUUUCAGUUUUUUUUUCUUUUAUAAUAAGCAUCAAAAUGGAAUUAUGUGAAGGGUAAUUAUUUUAGCAUACGAGUUUUAGAAAAAAUUCUAAGCG